GACGACUUCGUGCCGGAGAAAGGCAAGGACAAGUGGUCUGCGUGCCUCGCUUUGCUUCACUCUGGCGGGUCAGUUGGCGCGGCCUGCAACAGCACCGAGGACGACUGCGACUGCGACGACGUGAUCCACGGGUCCGAGGUUGUUAUUGCGAAGGAGGAUGGCACGAACAGUGGGUCUGCGAGCCUCGCCUUGUUCCAACCGACUCUACGUCGGGAUGGCCCUGAGUUCCAGCCCGCUGCAGAGGCCCGCAAGGCCAGACACAGUCUCCAGACCCUGCACGAGCUGUGA